CUGUAUCUUAUCCGAUGGAGGACUAGCUCGAAGACCAUCUUGGUAGAAGAAUGAUGUCAUAUCUGUUAAAAGGGCAGCGAUUUGUGGAUUAACCACGUUGAGAUCAAUACACUGGGAGACAAAGCUAGCGCUUGCUUCAUUCCAACAGUCGGGAGUGAAAACUGGUGCAUGGAGCCAGACUAUUUCCUUCUGGCCAUUUGGAUACAAGUAAUGUGUAUUGAAGGGAUCGAAACGGUGGCUUAAGAUUUCAUGAAUGUGUGACUUAAGUUAUAAUUGACACAGAUGAAGACCAGAAUGGGUAAUAUUUUAGAAGUACACUCUCUUCCAGACGAUGCAUUUAUAAAGAAGGUGGAGAAUGUGAAACUGUUAGACCGGUUUAAUGCUCGGAAUCCUGCUAUAGGCACUCUGUACCUGACCACAACACAUCUGAUCUUUGUUGACAAUGCCGGCAAGAAAGAAACAUGGAUUCUGCACAUGCACAUAGGAACAGUUGAGAAACUUCCUAUCACAACAGGUGGAUCUCCACUGCAGAUUCGCUGUAAAAACUUCAUGUCCAUCAUCUUCGUUAUUCCACGAGAGCGUGACUGUCAUGAUAUCUACACAUCGCUGCAAGAAUUAUCUCGGCCUGGUAACAUAGAAACACUGUAUGCAUUCAAUUUCACGAUGCCGGAUAACACCCUCAAGUCAUAUGGCUGGGAUUUCUUUGACAUCCAGACUGAAUAUCUUCGAAUGGGUGUGCCAAAUGAAAACUGGGUGCUUACUCAUCUCAACAAGGAUUAUGAGCUGUGUGACACAUAUCCUAGUCUCCUGUAUGUUCCUGCGAUUGCUUCAACUCCUGUCCUGGUGGGGAGCUCCAAGUUCAGGAGUCGGGGUCGACUGCCAACACUUUCCUAUCUUCACAGGGAGAAUCAGGCUGCCAUCAUGAGAUGUAGUCAACCCCUUGCUGGUUUCAGUGCUCGGUGUGUUGAAGAUGAGCAGAUGCUCCAAUCUCUGUUGAAAGCCAAUCCCAAGUCAAACAUCAUGUAUGUGGUGGACACACGGCCAAAGAUCAAUGCCAUGGCAAACAAGGCUGCCGGGAAGGGCUACGAGAACGAGAAUAACUAUGCCAACAUUAAGUUCUAUUUCCUUGGCAUUGAAAACAUACAUGUGAUGAGAGCUAGUCUUCAGAAGCUGCUGGAUGUAACAGAGUUGAAAAAUCCUUCAGUUAAUUCGUUUUUGUCUGGACUUGAGAACUGUGGAUGGCUUCGACAUAUCAAGGCAGUUAUGGAGACAUCAUACUUUAUAGCUUUGGCUGUGAGGAAAGGUAUUAACGUGUUGAUCCACUGUUCUGACGGGUGGGAUCGCACCGCACAGACAGCCAGUUUGGCCAGUCUCAUGCUUGAUCCAUACUACAGAACCAUCCAGGGCUUUCAGGCCUUGAUAGAGAAGGAAUGGCUGUCAUUUGGCCACAAGUUCACUGACCGCUGCGGUUAUCUGGACUCUGUGGAGUCGAAGGAGACAUCCCCAGUGUUCACCCAGUUCAUCGAAUGUGUCUGGCAGAUGACACAGCAAUAUCCUUGUGCAUUCCAGUUCAAUGAGCGAUUCCUCCUAACCAUCCAUGACCACGCCUUCUCCUGUCAGUUCGGAACGUUCAUCGGAAAUUGUGAAAAAGACCGUUUGGAUCUUAGGUUACAAGAACGGACAUACUCCUUGUGGGGAUAUUUGCACAAACAUAUGACUGAAUAUAUCAACCCAAUUUUCAAAAAGGAAUACGAAAUCACUCAUCCAGUAUUAUUUCCCAAUGUCAGACCACAGUGCUUCAGGUUCUGGAAAGGAAUGUACAAUCGUUUUGAGAAUGGAAUUCACCCGCGGGAGAAUGUUUUGGAUAUUCUGAGUGCGGCUAAAGACCACAGCUCAUCACUUGAAGAUCAUGUCAGACUGCUCGAAAAGAGGAUUACACAAAUCUGCAAACUGCUUGGCAAAUCUGACGAAACAAUUCAGCGUAAAUUACAAGGCUUUCUCUCAAUGGAUUCCAUCGAUGGAUACCUGGCUUCUCAUAUUGACGACGCCUCGAUUUCAAACAAAAUGACAAGUGUUGACAGAAACUCUGACGACUCCGACCACAAAUUAAACCACAUUGAAUCGGGUCUCAAAUACAAUGACAUUGCACAAAACCAUGUUAAAAGUGAUUCCGAAUCGGGAUUCGAUGAGUCCAGCUCCCAGAUGUCGCGGUCGGGGAUUGAGGACGGUAAUUAUACGAUGGAAAACAGCAUGCUUACUCGCUCACCCAGCUCAGAGCAACUGACGCUUGAUCAGCUUGUUGCUGAAAUGAAAACCGUAGCCAUAGACUGGAGGCCAUUCCGCAAUGUGCAUAACUGUAGCUGUGCCACUCCUUUUGAUCACUAUAUGAAGAAGUUUCACUGUUGGAAGUGCGGUGAGGUGUUCUGUACGAGAUGCAUUGCUCGUAAUAUUCCACUACCUGGUCAUUACUCCCGUAAACCAGUUUCUGUCUGCAAACCAUGCUACCGUCAAGUUCGGCAUUCGCCCUCGAUGGAGUUUCCAACAAGUUGAUGAUGAGCCACAAGCAUAUAAAUCAAGUGUACAUAAACUCCAUCAGAUGAAUUUGUUUAGGAGUGAAGGGUUGUGUUUAAAUAUAAUUAUGUCACAAUGGUGUGCAAGAGUGUGGUAAGUGAAAGCCAAACAAAAAUUUAUAUAAUACCAGUAUUUCUUUGACAUUUCAUCCAAAAGAUUACUUGAAACACUUUGGUAUGAAGCUGAUAUUGUCUGGAUUGAUGAUGCACAUGAUGUGGAUUAUUAUGAUUAUUGUAUAUGUUGCUUAUACAUUUCUGAAACCUAUGUAUGUGGUAGUCAAAAACUUACACUAUACUGUGAAGAUUUUAUUAAACUCCCAGUGGUGUGAACUACCAGUAGUACUACUCAUAUUCAGUAGUUGUUGUAUCUAAUUACUGUGAAAUCCUUUAUUUUCAUGGGCUUAAAUUUUCAUGGUUUUGCUAAAAACAAACAACAAAAAUCACAAAAAACACACAGUUCGUUCAGUACAUAAAUUCAUGGAUCAAAAGAUUAUCAUAAAUAUGUAUUAUACCUAUACAUAAACACAUAUAUUUUAUUUUAGUUUUCUUAAGUUUAUUGACUGCUCUAGUCCACAAAUUACAUGAAAAUUAGACCAACACAAAUAUAAAAUUUGAACUGACUGGUAUAUAUGGUUAAUGCUGUCACAUUUUCAUGGGGUUUUUUUCUCUCUGGAUCAGUAUUUUCCAACCUUUUCUCAACAUGGGAAUGGUACAGACCUCCGUGGUAGAGCAUUUGCAAGAUAGAGGCAUGUUAGAUCAGUUGCUUGCUAUGGACUCGUCAGUUUUUGCCAUCACAAUUAGUGUCCCAUGACUCAUAAAUCAAAGGCUGUGAUAUGUGCUGACUUAUUUAUGGGAAAAUGUAUUGUCAAUAAUCCCUGGCUUUAUUAUCUUAUUGAUUGAUCAUAUUUUGUUUUAAUGUUAUUCUCUAACAUUUAAUUUGAAAAAUGUGUUCUGACUUUUUUAAUGAUUAUUUGUGUUCUUUGACCCAAUUUUGAUAAAGGUGGUUACAACUUACUUUUAUAUCUUUUGUGGUGCCCAUUUAUUAGAACUCAAAAAAAGAUAAAUCUGUAUUUCUAUCCCCACAAUUACUAGAAAAUUGAAAAUAAAUGUUUUUGUGUUUUAGUACAAACCAGUCAUAUCUGAUUAAGAUUAUAUAUUUUAUUUGCACACGUUUUAUUGUGCAUAUUUUUAUUUAUUUAUUUAAUUUUUUUUUCAAAAUUGCAGUCAUGAAUUAAGUGAUCAUAUUGUCUUUCAAGGCAUUAAACAGAUGUACAGCCUCAGUAAAUCAGUGGAUACAUACUACAAGGCUAGCGAGUGCUGCUAACCCUAAGUGUACACAACUACAUGUAAAGGUAUUACGAUUGCACUUACUUUAUACUCACACUACUGUAUCAAACACAGUUACAGCCAAUGUCCGAGGCUGAGCACAGGAUAAACAUGUCUGAACCUGGAUAUGUGAACUGUCUGUUAAUGGAGGACAGGGGCUAGUGUUUGGGGCUCGAAAUAGGAAAUACAAUAUGACCUGCUGUUGUUUUCAAAAUAGCAAGCCAGCAGAUAUGGCCUACUGGAAAUAAGACAGCAUGUGGUUUGGUAUAGUAUGUAAAAUAUUAAGACCUCUAAGAUGUAUUUUAGAGCAUAAUGGAAUUAAAUGAACAGAUGAGAUAAUCAUACUUAUGAAGGGGUGAGAUUUAGCUCAGUCUGUUGAGUACUUGCAUCGCAGGAUCGAACCACCUCGGUGGAUCCAUUCAACUGAUUGGGUUUUUUCUCAUUCCAACCAGUGCACCACAACUGGUCAA